AAUUACGUACAGUGUAGCCUGUGGAUUGAGUUUACAUGCAUGAGCGUGAAUUACAACAUCGUGAGGCAAAAUAUUGAUAUAACUAUAAAAAAUUAAAACGUUAAACAAUGAGUGGCCGGAGACGAAGCAUCUCCGAGUCAAGUAAAGACCACAGUGAGAACGGAUUCAGCAUCACUCCUCCCAAAGGUGGGCUUCUUUCUGCCAAGAUGGAUGGCGCAGUGCAGCGCAAGUCACGACAUGUGAGUGGUCGCAACCAGUCGGAGGAGGCCACAGGGUUGCGGGACAUUAUGAGUGACUGGGAAAUAAUUGUCAAGAGUCUCAAACAGAAGAAGGAUGAAGUCCCAGUAUCAGUUGGCAAAGAAACUUCUAUGUCUUCUAAAGAUCAAAAAGAUGCUCUCCUUCCAUCAAGUGCUAAAAAACCUAAAGUAAAUGCUGCAGUUGUAUCUAAAAAUGUCAGAGAUAAAGCAUCAACUCCACUGAGAAAGGAAAAGAGUGAGGGCUCAGUUGCCAAAGCGAAAGUGAGCAACUCUGCUUCAAAGUCCAGAGGAAAAUUAACAAACAAAAUGCUUGAUUCAGAUUCUAAUUUUGAUUCUUGUAGUAAAAUUGCUUAUGCAAUAGAUUCACCUUCUAGUGAAAAUAACACUACAUCUCCUCCCUCUAAAUCACUCACUUGUCCAACUUAUAAAUCUUCAACUUCAUCACCAUCCAAAUCUAUAGCUUCCCCACCUUCCAAAUCCUUCACAUCCCCAACUUCCAAAUCUGUUACUGGCUCUCCCUCUAAAUGUCUCUCAUCAACAAUAACUCAUAUUUCUCCCACCUCCAAAAAUAGCAAGAUUCCAGCCAGUAUUGGUCGAACAAGAAGUGGCUCAUCAAAAUGGAUUCAUGAAUUGUCAGAAACUGCUGAAAUUGACAAUCUUAAAGCCAAUGGAGCUCUUACUCCCUCUCCUUCCAAGUCCUUAGACAGCUCUAGAACUCCUGUGUCUGACGAAGAAAGCAAUGUGGGGACUAACUUGCCUGAUGGAAUGGUUCUAGCUCCCUCUUCACAAACUCUCAAUGGAGAGCUAGAACAAGUUUCCAUGUCUGCUCCUCUACCCAUUGACAACGAUGAAAAAAAUAGUAAAAAUACUGAUAUUGAGCCUGUAUCCAUUGAUGCAAUUUCUAUCAGAGAAGAAAAGGCAUGUAAUAGAACUGCUAUUGAUACUGAAGCAAGUCACUCUGCAACAUCUGUGACUGAUGAUCUUCACAAAAUACCUGCUGAUGUGGAGGAAAAUGAAGAGACUGAGAAUAUUGAGCACAUUGAGGUGCCUAUUGAUUUAGAAAAAGCAGCAACUCGAAAAAUAUUUGAGAUUUUGGAUAGAGCAGAAGUAGGUGAAAACAAAUCUAUCGUCCUUGACCCUGUAGAUUUUAGUGAACUAUUUGACAUGGAAGAUUCUAACUGCAAUUUUGAAGGUUUCACUGGUAUGGAGCAAGUAAGAGGAGUCUGUAAAGUGUGUCGCGUUCGUUUGGACACUGGCUGGAGCUUGAUCAAGCACUGGAAUGUUGGCCACAGACGCCGCUAUCAGUGCCCAUUUGAUGAAGGUCAGUGCGGCGUUUUACGAGGCGCAUUCACUCUGCACACUCACCUGCGUGCAUCCCACGGCCACAUACUCAUGGCCAUCGAGGGUGACCUGCUCAGUGAUGUCGCCAAGAACAGACUUUCUCGCUGGCCUGCUCCUGGCGAUGGCACUGGGCUCAAUGAGCAGUGCCUUGAAGCUUGUACAUGCUGCCUGCUCGUCCUGGGUCAACCCGAGCGCAGCCUUCAUGAGCUCAUCAUCCACGGCCUCUUGCCUCCUCCCUCCAUGUUGGCUCGCACUGACACCUCGUCUUCUUACUCGGCCUCAAAGCCAAGCUAUGUGACGUUAGACCAACAGUUAGGACUCUGGUGGACUGGUCAGAGUAUUGCUUGGUGCUGCCUGUUGUGUAGAAACAGACCCUUCCUCUCCUGCCAACCUCAUGCUCUCGCUAUCACACUGUCACAACACCGACAGGCUGUCCACAAUUGCAAUACUCCUAUGCUUUCAUGUUGGGGUCUCAUAUUGCGCUUACUCACUUCGCUGCCUGCAAAGAGUCGGCGUACCAUGGCGUGCAUGCUCUCUCUUGGUCUGCACCCAAAUUCUAGCUACGCAUUGUGCCGCAUUUGUUCCGCACCGCUCGGAAUCGUCUCGAGAUCGCGUCUCCACAUGCCAGUUGGCCUUUGUUCUGAAUGCCAAAAGAUCAAAGACCUUAACAAGACUUGCUGGUACUGCCGCAAACAUCACGAGAAUGCCUUCGAUACCAUGAAUCACAUGAUCAGCUGCCACCCUGAAAAGGCUGUGCAAGGCUGGUGUCCAAAGUGUGGCAGUUGGGCUCCAAACUUGCUUGCCCACUGCCUGAGUCACCACCAGUUGAUAAAUUUCUGCAAAUUUUGUCAUUACAAGAAUCUCCGUAUGAACCCGUUGACGUCCGUCCUUCACUCCAUCAACAAGCACAGUUACCCUUGCCCUCUGCCCUCAUGCUCUUCAGUUGUCAUUGCGGAAGAUGGGUCCCGAGUCACGGCUCAACCUCCACUCUCAACCAUGAGAGCUCUCAUCACUCACAUGCUCGGACACCAUUUUCCUGACUGGGCUGGCUUGGAGAUCGAGCAUAUAAACAACCUUAUUCGAAACUGCAAUCAGUACAACAUCAUGGUUGUGACUUCAGGAACAGGACGUGUUCUUGAUAGCAUCUGGUAUUCACUUACAGGCUACCAUUUUCAGUUGCACAACCACGUUACCCAACUUGGUUUGGUUCCUGUGGUGAAAGUACACCGUCAGUGCUUGUUAUGCCGGCGCACUGUGCCUUUGACUCUAUUUCCUCAGGAGCUUGUAAUGGUGCAACUCUGUGAUCAGUGUGAGCUCGGUCUCUUCCAAUGUGAAAACGGCGACCCGCCUUGGCCGUGUCCUGUCGCGGGAUGUACUGCGCACGUGUCGGCCAAUAAACACCUGUACCGGCACAUGGUCGGCGCUCAUGGACACACAAUUGGUGACGUUGAGGCUCGUUGUUCAAGCUGCAAUUACGACUAUUUGGACAUCCCAAUGCGUGUACUUUGUCACAAAUUUUUGCGACACAGUGUGCCUUGCUUCGACUGUAAUUCUUCCUUCCAGUCUCUGGCUGACGCUCGACAGCAUCGGCAGCAAUCUCAUGGAGUCAACUCCUGGACUGAGCUUUGGUCAAGCUUGAAGGCUCGCUACGGCGUGGCGCCUGGUUUGCGUAGCCUCGAAAAUGAAGAAGUUCAAGGUGUGGUCAAAGUUUGGAUGAGUUCUGGUGGUUUGAUGGCUCAGUGGGACCCUCUACUUGCUGUCAAAAUUGACACAGAUCCAUCAGCAGCUGCAUCAAGCGACAAAGACAACACUGUAAGUGCCAGAGAAAGUUCCCCGAUGCCUGAUGACGUGUUCCAUGAAAGUCAGAGUGAAACUUCCACUCCAUGGUUUGGCUCCUAUUGUUCAGUAUCAAUGUCGCCCCAUAAGACCAUCUCUACACCACCACCAGGCCUCGACUUGAAACCUGAAACCGUUCACAUAAAAGUUCCUCCCUCAACGGAAAGUUUAGAUGCUGUGCCUCCUCUCUUGGCUGCUUCUGGCCCUGCCGAUUCUUCGGACGAAGACGGCAGUAGUGAGCCUGGCCUUAAGAUCGAUUCUACUGCUGUGUCUCCUGCCCAUUCUUCUGUCAGCCACGAUGCCUUGUUCUCAAGGGGUAAGAACUUCAGUAAUGCUAAUCUAGGCACACCUCGGUCUGGGUUAUCAUCACCCUCGCAAUAUCCUGGCAUAAUUGAAAGCCCCAAGACUCGUUCAGUUCCCCCACUGAUGCUAAAUCGAAAGAAAAUGGUUGUCAAUAAGAAAUCAGAAAAAGCAUAUCAGGGCCUUGGAGCAAAUGCCUUUAUCGAUGCAGACAGAGUGAGUGAGAAUAUCUUGAAGGAUCUUGAUGAAAAAUAUCGUUGUGAGUGCAUUGAGUGCGGUGUAAGUGUCUUGUUGAAGCUGCUUAAGCAGCAUUUGAACGAGGCUCACUCCUUAUGCGACAUUAAAUGCCAUUGCGGCUUCUCCAGUGACAUCACAACAGUUCUUGUUCACUCUUUCCACAUGUCACACUUGCCAAAUGAUGCCCGCCCUCUGACACUCGUUGCAGCGAAUAGUGAUGAAGCCGUUGGUGUAUUGGUGUUUGAGCGUCGCAUAGGUGGCUCGAGCUUUUUCCCAUGCUUCAAGUGCGGCAAAACAUUCAAACAAGAAAAAUCUCGUCAACUUCACUACAACCUUUGUAAGCUUGAAAAAAAGUUUGAAUGCGACCAGUGUGGCGAAAAAUUCGUCCGCGAUUUUCAUUUGGCCAAACAUAAGGAAUGGAAGCACAACCAUCAAAAUUGUCCCUACUGUUCAAAGACGUUCACUUCGCAAGCUUCACUAAACCAGCAUGUUUUGCAUAUACACAAGAAAGCAGUCAGUUUCAAAUGUCAGUUUUGCUCAUCUGUGUUUGAAACCAAAGCUCACAUGAAAGUUCAUAGUCGCAUUCACACCGGCGAGAAGCCAUACAAGUGUACUCUCUGUGAGCGCUCUUUCAUCUCAAGGAAUCUCUAUGAAAAACAUGUUGCCAGCCGACACUCUUCUAAGACCGUUUCUCCAGCAGGCAUUACACACAAAUCUAAAAAGCAGAACUCGUCGGAAUUGGCUGCUGAGGGUAAGGGCUCUGAUUCAAAUUCAAGUUCUGAGUCCUCUGAUUCAAGUUCUUCUGAUGAAGAGUCUGGAAGUAGCCCCAGAAAACGCGCCAGUGAUGCCGUACUCGACAGCAGUAAAUUAACGGCCUCGGAUCUUGAAACUUCGCUGAGUGAAUCAGAUGAGCCCUCUGUCAGCCCACCAAAAUCAGUCAAGCGCUCUAGAAACGGAUCCGAAAAUAAUGCUUCAACUCCAAAAAGAACAGUUACUUUGAAUUCUAAAAGAAAUUUGGCUACUAGAGCUUCAGAUCCAUCACCGACCAAGAGAGAACAGAUGCCUCAGUCCUCUAAAGCCAAUCCCUCUCCUGACGGGAAAAGCGGUUCUUCAAGUACCAUUGCCAGUAACAGUAACCAACAACAGUCACUGAUCGCCUCAGUAGAGGAGCAGCGCCAAGUUCGGCAAGACACCAUCCCAGUGCUGGAGCCUGUGCUGAGAAGUGACAUGGUUUCUACUGUGGAGUCGAGUAUCGGGUCAAGCAGAUGUAAACCUUGCGGCAAAGUAUUUACGGGACCUGGUGGUAAACUCUUACAUUUGUACCUGUUCCAUCCAGCCAUCGUAAUCAGUCAAGGUCUUUACCAGUGCGGAUUUUGCUCGUAUAUUUUCUCCAACGCAGAAGAUGUCACUGAACAUCACCUCCAAAAACAUCAAAGACAUCAACUACCUGACGGCAUGUUCAAGUGUCUUUGUGGUCUCCGCUUCAGAGAAGACGGUGCCUUUUAUUUUCAUCUAUAUUAUGCUCAUAAAGCUCAAAAAGCUUUGGUUAGGAAAGCGGAAAUUAUUUGCCGCGUUUGCGACUCUCAACCCAAGCUGAACAAAAUAGUUGAUCUUGUAGUCCAUCUCAGUGACAGACACGCAAUGUUUGAUCAUGUGCGUAUGGAACAAUCUUUUGUUUGCAACUUUUGCUAUAAGAGCUUUGAUUCAUGGACAGUUUUAAGUUUGCAUUUCUUCAUGGUACACAACGCAACCAAGAGUCAAAAUUUGAGCUAUGACUGCCCAUACUGUGAAACUUCUUCGCCGUGGCACUCGCUAGAAGCUUUACAGUAUCAUCUGGAUAAUUUCCAUGGCAGUCGUAGUAAACCUGCUGCAGAAACAGUUGACAAUCACACUGAAUCUACUGCUGCGCCGGCUGCAACUACGGCUGCUGCUGCUGUAGUGCAGCAACAGCCAACACCUGCUCCUCUUCCUAACAAACGAAAUGCAAAAACACCAGCUUCUCAGAAAAGAAAACCAGCUGCUAAUCAAGGCAAGACACCGGCGACUCAACCUGCAAAAAAGAGGAGAAAGAGAGCCUCUGCUGUUGAUGAAGUCGAGGGAAUCAGCAAGAACCACGGAUGGUCAGGAGAGCCUGAAACGCUGUACUGCAUUUGCCAGUGUCCGUAUGAUGAAGUCUCCGACAUGAUUGGCUGUGACAACCCAGAUUGCAAGUACCAGUGGUUUCAUUUUGAGUGCGUCAGCAUAAUGGCUGCCCCAGAAGGCAAUUGGUAUUGCAGCGACUGCACCAACUCGCUUAAGGAAAAGAAAAAGCAAGGAGCCAAAGCUCUGCAGCCUGAACCCAAACGCACUGUUAACUCUGAUCUCUAUGAAUAUUAUGCAAACUUAAACAGUGAUGCUGAGCCCAGCUCGACCGGCAGUAGCUCGGCUUUUUGGGGAACUUCUUCCAAGCCUCCAACCCUGGGCCUGCCUGGGUCCGGCGAUCGGCCUCCCAAGCAGCGCACUCACUCGUCCAGCUCCUCAUCAAGCAACAGUUCGUCAAGUUCAUCGUCAUCAUCAAGUUCGAGCUCUUCCUCGUCAAGUGGUGACUCAUCCAGUGCCAGCGAUAAUGAGUGAGAGCACUUGCGGUCACUCUCUCUCUUUCUAACUUAGAACUCGAAUGAUUACACUGUUUUUAUAUCAAGAGGAGCCUACAUUUGGCUCAACUUCAUGAGAAGAUGUGCUGAUGAUGCAAACUUAUUGUGAAUUGUUGUGCGUAAAUUGACUGUGAGGAAGUUUAUUCAAUUAACAUCGAGUGAGAAAUAUCUUUGCUUCAGUUAUUAACUCAGAACAACUAGUUGGUAUGUGUUUAAGUUGUGAAUAAAUUGUUAUUAAAAAACAAACUACUCUUAAUAUUGUAAAUAAAUUAAUACGAAGGAAACUAAUGUAUGAAUAUUUAAGUACUGUAGUCAGUACUGAUAUGUUCUUCGAUUGCUUAGCGUGAAUAUCUGGCGUGUUAUCAGUUUUAAAAGUUGUGUAAUCUUUAUGACGUUGAAGAUAUUCAUUAAUAAUGUUAAUGUGUUUCCUCAAUGUCAAAUUUCCUCUAUGAGAUGAACUUGAGAAAAAAUUUGGAUGUUGUAACCGGAACAGACUUGCAUCAGUGUUUAUUUAUAGAUUAUAAUCUGCGGCUUAGAUUGAUCAAAUGCAUUCAAUAAUACUUCCAUUCAUAUUGUUCAGUUAUAAUAUUUUUUUUUUCAAUUAAAUUAACAUAAAUUAUUUGUGGAAGAAACUAAGUCUUUAUAAAUAGUUUGCUCUGAUAUGCACUAAAUGAUUUAUCGUGAAGUGUAAUCACAUCCGCUUCUGCCUUGCACUGGUGAGCUUGUCAAAAUUUCCUAGUUUUCUCCAUAAUACUUCGGUUUCUUAUUUCAAAUUUUUAACUCUCACUCUCUCUGUAAUUACUCUCUCUCUCUGUAUUAUUGAGCGAAUAAUCUUUCAAUUGAGAUAAUGAAGCAAUGCAAAUACACAUCCAAAGAUGUGAACAUUAUAAAUUCUUUUCCAUAGUACUUGUGGAACUUGCUUGUUAACCUUACCGUACAAUCUGCAACAAAAACUGUUCUCGCAUCGCGCUACACUAGGCUUGGUAUUUCAUUCAUUGUUUGAAGCUACCCGAACCUUUUUUAUGCUUGUUUUGAGGGUAUGUUGCUGUCCCCGAGUGUAUCUGUGAUACCUGAGGUGACGGUUACUUUUCUGGGCUUAGUGAUCCCACUGGUAGAUUUCUCCAUUAUAAAGCCUCUUCAAGUUAAUUUGUGCCGCGUGACUCGUGACGGCCAAAGACUACAAGUUGAUACGAUAUUCGAUUUCCUUGGCCAAGAGAUAUACCGUAAUCCAGUCAUUUUCCUGGAAAUUUUGGGAAUUGGAGUUUCGAUGUGGUGAUUGCUUGAUGAUUGCAAUUGUCAUUUAUUGAAUGAUUUAAAAUCUUCAGUCUUUGUAAACUAAGGUCUAUUGCUCGGCUGAAAACUGGCAAAAAACUGUAGACAUUGUCUACUCAAAUGUAGGUAUUUGACUUGUAGGUGGUAAUUUAUUCUAUUUUAGUGCUAGCGGAUUUAGAACUUCUCGAAUAAGUGCUUUGAAGUUUUGUAAAAACUACAUGUGUUUGGCGUGUAGAUAAUUUGCAGGAAAAUUGUGACUCCAGUACAAAUAAUAUUAUUCGUAAGAGUAAUUCCCGCUUUGAUUGAAGUCUGCCUUGGAUGCAGUGAACUCCUCACAUGUUGCGGCAGUGUUUCUCAUGUGUUUAACAUUCAUAAAACGUGUAGAUCUUGUUACAAUCUCGUAGUCGAGCCGACAAGUUUUGCACUUCGCGGGCUUUGAUCUCGGCUGUUAACAGGUACGUUUGGUUUGCCGGCAAACUACUACCUGAGUUUCUUGCCCAAUUGAUUGAAUAAUAUUUAGGUUAGAGGUAGUUCUUGCUCCAAUAAAUAUUUACCUGCGAUAUAUUGUUCUACGCUUGGCACGAAAUUAAUCAGACAAAAAUUCUUAUGGCUGUGCAUAUUUGAGUCAUGAAUCUUUGUCAAAAUGAUCUUAUUAUACUCCUUAUCAAAUUUGCAUCCGUAAACCUUGAAGAAAAAUGCUGGGAAACUUGAAUGUUGGAGUGAGGCAUAUAUUAUACACUGUCCUUAAAAUGGCUUGCUCGCAGUCAAUUUAUCUAAAGUUCAUCUUACAACAGACAUGAAAGUCUACGAGUUGAAUCGUAACUCAUUUAUCACUUGUAAGAUCAUGAGGUGUGAGUUGGGGAGCAAUGAGUGUGCGUGCACAUUAAAUAUUUAAUGGCGUAGUGAAAGAUCUUAGAAUAUAAGUGGUGCUGGUCGUAUGAUUUUGUUAGAGUGUAGCUAGUUGAUGGCCUCGGUUGUUGAAUAUCUGAGGUGUGCACCAGACAGUGGAGACAGUUCGCAAGUCUGAGAGAUUGUAUUCUGUCGAUGAAUUAGAAUAGAGACGAUAUGUAAAGGACGUUUAAAUGAAUGGCCAAUUUUAUGAAAGUAGAAAAUUAAUUGUGUGCACUUCUGGGCUAAAGUUUUGUUUCCUGUAAUGUUCGUGGUAAUUCGCUGUGAUCAAAAAUGCAAGUUCGGCUGAAAGUAAUGCUCAUCAUGUUAAAAUUUCGAUAGUUAAAACUCAUCAGACGACGUGUUGUCCGACGUUUGAUGAGUCGUAACUAUCAUUGUACUGUUCACUAACGAAUGUAUAACUGCAUAGAUUCUUUCUUAGAAUGCGACACUAAUUUCUCGAACCCCAUGUGUGUUUAGUUACUCGGGAAUACGCAGCAUAUUAUUAAAAUUUUUAGGUACCUGUUGCGCUUUAGGUGAGUGACGAAAAAGAAAUGACAGGAGUCGUCUUUAUAGAUUAUUUACAUAUUCAUUUCAUUGAGUCAACCUCACAACAAAUUAUAAUAAUACUUGACCAAGAUUUGAUAACUGGAAACUUUGAAUAUCGAGUAUUGAUGCGUAAAAAUUUCACUGUCGUGUCAUUUCACACCACGAUUUAAUUGUGGUGUGUUAGGAGAACCUAAGGUGCGUACGUAAGGGGCUUAUUGACACUGCAAUGGCCUUUAAUUGUUCUUAUAAACGUCCUUGUAAUUCCUGUAAAAAUAGUUAUGCCUGAUGUGGUUUGUUGCGGUUGUUUAGAUACCCGUAGCAUACGUACAUCCUGCACAGCUUGCCCGUGUUCUGGAGACAUUGCUGUAUUCCUGUGAACGCUAUUUUUGUUCAUUUUACUAUUGCAAUGUACACAUUAUACAUACUGUACAGUACAGGCUCCAUUAUAUUGAGGGGCAAUGCCUGUAGUUACCUUCGUUGUUCUUGGGUCAUAUUUUGUUUUCUGUUUUCUAAGGACAAAUAAAAUAUGCUGAAA